AUGUCGUUAGUCAAACGUGCCCGAACAUCAGGACCAGAAUCUUCUUCCAACGCUUUAAUUCAGACGCAACAAAAUGAAAGAUUAACAAGACUCAACGCGCCUACCGUCCAACUUAGUGGGCAUGAAGGCCCUGUUUUAGCAGUGAAAUUUGAUCCAACUGGAGACUACAUAGCUUCAAGUGGUAUUCAACGUGAUAUUUUCAUUUGGAAAACGUACGAAGACAAUGCUCACCUUCUUACUCUCUCUGGUCAUAAACGUGCUGUGCUCGAUAUUGCAUGGUCGCGCGACGGUUCACAACUUUUUUCGGCUUCAGCAGACCAUACUGUAGCCACAACCGACGUAUACACAGGUGCACGCGUGCGCAAACACUUGGUGGUCACGGACCCUGCCAGUCCAGACUCGGGAAUGGUUAACUCACUCGACACAGUGCGCCGUGGCACUGAAUUAAUUAUUGCAGGCACUGACGCAGGCAUCGUCGCCGUGUUCGAUCCACGUGACCGGUUCCCAGUGUACACUAUUCGGCCUCGACCAUUUCAAGCACGCAACCCAGCAGCAUCCAAUCUACCAAUUCUAGCAGUUGCUACCAACAAUGACGGGUCACUUCUUUUUUCAGCAGGUAUCGAUGAUGCCAUUAGCGUUUGGGAUCCACGUACACUUGGAGGCGAGUCUAAUAGCUUUGAUAAGCCUGUGCUUACACUUGCUGGCCAUACAAACUCGGUGACGUCGCUGAGCGUGUCGCCUGAUAACGAAACUCUGCUUUCAAAUAGCAUGGACUCUACAGUUCGCACAUGGAAUAUUCGUCCAUUUGUGCCUGGAUCUCCUAUGGCUGCAGCACCAGGUUCUACAGGUUAUUAUACUACACUUGCCACGCCAAGUCCACGCGCAGGACGGGUGUUGGAUGGUGCACCAGCGGGAAUUGAAAGCCGAUUGAUGCGUGCUGCAUGGUCAACAUUCCCCAUAGGCCGCGAUGGUAUGCGUGGAACCCAUAUUGCGGCUGGCGGCGGCGACCACACUGUGGCUAUAUGGGAAGCACGUUCAGGCCAGCUGUUAAACAAAUUGCCUGGUCAUCAGGGAGCUGUCACUGAUGUUUGUUUCUCACCUGCUGAGCCCAUCAUUGCCUCUGCGUCUUCCGAUGGCACAGUGAUUUUGGGUGAAAUUCCAAGUUUGCGUGUUUGA